AUGGCGAACGAACUGGACAGAGUACGAAUCUCAGCUGCGGAACUCAGAGCUGUAGCGUCGAAUUCAGUCGAUAAUAUUGACUAUCAGAAAGAGAAGCAGGAGGAGCAUCUAGUAAACAAGCAGCAUAGGAAGUGUGAAGGAAAACGCCCUGAACUACAGCGCUACCAGCCGGUAGCUGGACAUGGACGGUGUCACCGUGACAGUGAAGAGGGAGAAACUGGUCAAAGUGAUCCCCUGGCUGCUGAUUCACAUGAGCAUAGUCAACCGUCACAGAGUAAGAAAAGGGGAGUCUCAGAGAGACAUGGGUGCACAGACGACGGGGCAGACACCAACAUAACGGAAGAAGACAGGAUGAGAGGUGACGGUAGUAACACUCAGAACUGUAGAAAGGGCUUUCACUCACAGCCUAAAUCAGAAGCAAAUAAAGAGAAGGGCUUUGUUGAAAAUGACAGAGAACACCAGGAAGCUGCUGGAGCUGCUAAGCCAACGCGGAAAGCCCGCAAACCUGACCGAGAAUUUUAUCAACCUGGGAGCCGGAGGAGCAUCCAGGGAAAGGACUCUGGAGUUGGAACGGAGCAGGAUAUGCCUCCCCCCAGGCAGAAUACACAGCAAACUGAGCCAGAAUGCCAGUUGAAUGCAGGGGAAAGAGAGGGUAACAAAAAAACAUCCAUUCAGAAGCAGGGAGGGAAAGCUAACGAAGUAAAAGGUCUACUGGAAAACAUCAAAUUGUCUAAAUCCAGUGAAACAAACAGAAAGCAUGGGAGCCGUGAUGUGGAAAAAAACCCAUUACCUUCUGAUGCUUCAGUGGAGAAAAUUACGAGCAAAGUAGAACAACUCUGUGUGAAAGACGGAGGUAAAGUGGGAUGUGAAAGCCAAGCUGUUGAAGAAUUAAUUUGUGGGAGAGGGGAAACAAUUGAUAAUGAAAGGCGAGACCAAGGGGGAGGAACAAAAGAGGAGGAUGAAAAGGUAGAGAAGAAGAGGGAAAGGGGAAACCGCAGGAGAAGAGGAGGGGAUAAGGAAAAAGAGAGGAAUCAGGAUUCCAGAAGAAGAGAAGAUGAAGCAGGUGGUGGAGGAAGGAACGACCACGGGAAACCCGAGAAGCAAAGAGACAGGAGAGCAGCAGAAGCAGAAAGGGAUACCAAAGCUGGUAAGACUAGAGACACACAACAAAGCAAAGGAAGAGAGAAUCACAGAGAAAGCCGAAGAGGAGACAACAACAACCAAUUCAGAGAUGCUGAGAAAGAUGCAAGGACAGAAAGAAAUGCAGACAGGGCUGUUGAAAGAGGCGAUAGAAACAAAUCCAAUGCAAACCUCCCAACACCAACCUCAAAACGCUAUUCCAAAUCAGAUAUUCGGCGCUCACGAAAUCGAACUUACAGCAGUAGCUCAGCUAGCAGCGUGACCAGUCUGGAUGGUCCUCGACUAGGGAGGGAGGUCGAGAGUACCAAGCCCCGCUUGGAGCCUGUGCACAAUAACAAAGGGGGGAUGGCUAAUAGUGGAGUCGGACGAAGGAGUCAUUUACAAAGCUGGACAGCCAAUGGGGAAUCAUCUACGGAAGGGAGUGAGAUGAGUGACAUAGCAGAAGAUAGGAGGAGAAGAAGAGGCGGGGGGGAAGAACUAAGUGCAGAGAGGCGGAGGGAAGAAAGGAACAGACUGAAAGGAAACAAAGGCGGAGGUCGAGGAAUCCUGCGGGUGUCUCUUGAAAAAAUGUCUGGCACCGCGUCACAUAGCGGGACGUCACAGCAACGCAAGCCAGCCGUAGUUCCUCGUGGCAGAGGUGGAGGUAUCCUGGUGCUUCCAGCUCGCACAGACAUCUCCAAUUCGCCUGAGGUUGGGCAAAGGCUUCUUUUUGGUGGAAUUAGGGGAGGCGGAGCUUGCAGAAGUCGAGGAGGCCGAGGAGGAAUGAGACGACUCUGGGAUCCCAAUAACCCCGACCAGAAACCUGCUCUUAUCAGCACCCAGUCCUCACAGCAUUUAGCUCUCCAACAGCCUAUAUAUCUCCAGACCGGGACCGGAUAUGGACAACUUCACUUUCUGGACACAGACGAUGAGGUAGCAGGCAGUCCUCCGGUCCCGCAGGGUGAGCACUUUCGAACCCAGCAAGCUGCUGCCAUGGCCUACUACAAAUUCCAAAACUCUGACAACCCCUACAGCUACCCCAUGUCCACCAGCAAUUCACAUAGUCCUGGCACUACCACCAACCAGCGCUAUCCAUAUCCGUAUCAUAUGGGGCCCUACCAAAUGGCUUCCCCUACAGCCUGCUCCCCUGUGUAUUACAGGGGAGCAGGCUAUUCCCAGCCUGCUGCAGGAGGUAGUUUGACAUUUGAAGAGGUGGAGCAACAAGCCAGAGGAGAGCUGGGGAGGCAGCUGAGGGCUGCGGAUGUGCAGGAGCUCCAGCUCAGUAACCUGCUGUCCAGGGACAGAGUGAGUGCUGAUGGACUGGAUCGCAUGGCCCAGCUCAGAGCUGACCUUUUGGGGCUAUACGAGCAGAUCAUCCUGACAGACAUCGACUUCUCAGACUCUCAGAACGUGGAUCAGUCUUUGUGGAAGAAUGUCUUUUACCAGGUCAUAGAGCGCUUCCGGCAGCUACUUAAAGACCCGACAUGUGACAACACCCCUCAUAUCAGAAACAUGCUGCUCACGCUGCUUGAUGAGGGGGCACUAUUCUUUGAUGGGCUGCUUCAGAAGCUGCAGACAGUGUACCAGUUUAAGUUGGAGGAUUACAUGGACGGCAUAGCUAUCAGGGCUCGGCCAUUACGUAAAACGGUGAAGUAUGCUCUCAUUAGUGCACAGCGUUGCAUGAUCUGUCAGGGAGAUAUAGCACGUUACCGGGAACAAGCCAGUGACUCGGCCAACUACGGCAAGGCUCGCAGCUGGUACCUGAAAGCCCAGCAGAUUGCCCCCAAAAAUGGACGUCCAUAUAACCAGCUGGCCCUGCUGGCAGUCUAUACAAAGCGGAAGUUGGAUGCUGUGUAUUACUACAUGCGCAGCUUGGCAGCUUCCAACCCCAUCCUGACUGCAAAGGAAAGCCUGAUGAGUCUGUUUGAGGAAGCUAAGCGCAAGGUCAGACAUAAAGAAGAGCAGCUUGAGCAGAAGAAGAGGCAGGAGCAUGAAGGAGGCUCCAGGGGGCCGGCAGUAAGAGGAAGAGGAAGAGGGGAAGAUGGAGCACGUGUGGAACUUUGGAUUCGCACCAGCAGACAAGCGGCAACCCCAUCGUCUCAGAGGGGAGGUAGUGAAUCCAGCAGAGACUCCGAACAGGAUGGAGAGCUGGGAAGUCUAAGCGCCAGUGAUCUAAAUAAGAGAUUCAUUCUGAGUUUCCUGCAUGCACAUGGAAAGCUCUUCACUAAAGUGGGCAUGGAGUCUUUCCCUGGAGUGGCGAGCCGUGUUCUGCAGGAGUUCAAGACGGUGCUCCAGCAUGGCCCCUCCCUACUGGGCUUCACACACAUGCUGCAGAUCGUCACCAUCAACAUGUUCACCAUACACUAUGCCCACAGCAGAGGUGAAGACGGAGAAGUGCGGUCCGUUUUACAGGAGCAAAGCACUGCCCUGGGCCUCGGCAUGUUCGCACUACUGGUGCAGCGCUGCACAGAGCUGCUCAGGGAUACUCCUGCAGAACCAGUCCCCAUGGCAGAUGGAGACGAGCAGGGUAAAGGGGAGGAGCUGGAGGGUAUGGUGCGGGUCUCUGCCUUUCCAUUGGACCUUAGAGAACUACUGCCAAGUAUCAAGGUCUGGUCUGACUGGAUGUUGGGGCAACCAGACCAGUGGAACCCACCACCCUACAGUAUAGAUUGCAGCCCAGAUGUUUGGCAGUGCCUGGCUGACCUGUGUAACAUGCUGGCCCGUGUAGACCAUGAGGAAGUGCCGCUGUUCAAAGUCGACACUGAAGAAGUUGAGAGCGAUGAGGAGUUGACUGUGCUGCAAUUGAAGGAGGACCGGCUGCUUGCUGGCUUUGUCCCUCUGCUUGCUGCACCACAGGAGCCGUGUUACACAGACAGACACACUGACGCGGCAAUAGCAGCAGAUUGUAAGAGAGUGACAGUGCUGAAGUACUUCCUGGAGGCUUUGUGUGGACAGGAAGAGCCUCUGUUGGCCUUCAAGGGAGGCAAAUACAUCUCUGUGGCAACUUCUCCAUCUACUAACUUAACGGAUACAAGGAGCAGGCAGGAUUCUCUAACGGAGAAAGAGGCUGAUGAUGUCAUAGUGGAGGCGGAGUCAUCUCUCUCCGCAUCAGAAGGAGAGGAUGAGGCGGGAGACAGCGAGAAUGACAUAAGACAGCUGAAGGCGCGACGCCACGACCUCACAAACAAACUGGCACAGCAACAGAAGCGCAGGGACAAAAUACAGGCGGUGCUGCAGACAGGCGGGCAGUUGGAGCUGGAAGUGAGGCCUCUCUUUUUGGUUCCAGAUACCAACGGAUUCAUUGAUCACUUGGGAGGGUUGAAGAAACUCCUUCAGUGUGGAACAUACAUAAUAGUUGUGCCACUUAUCGUGAUUACAGAGUUGGACGGCUUGGCUAAAGGCCAGGACAACUUUGGUGGAGGAGUGGGCUCAGGAGGACAUGGCACUGGCGGUCGCGGCAACUAUAAUGUUAGCGCGGCCCAUGUGCGGGCCGUGCAGGAGAACGCCCGGUUGGCUGUGGCUUUCCUGGAGAAAGGAUUCGAAGCCAGGGAACCGUACCUCCGAGCGCUGACGAGCAGAGGAAAUCGGCUUGAUUCUAUUGCCUUCCGCAGUGAAGACACCUCUGGACAGCAGGGUACCAAUGAUGAUGUGAUUCUGUCCUGCUGCCUCCACUACUGCAAAGACAAGGCAAAAGAUUUCAUGCCUGAUCAGAGAAAUGGGACAGUGAGGCUCCAAAGGGAGGUGGUGCUCCUUACAGAUGACCGUAACCUGCGCGUCAAAGCUUUGACCCGCAACGUCCCAGUGCGAGACAUCCCUGCUUUCCUUAUCUGGGCCAAAGUGGGCUGAACCAGGCUGCGUUGGAAUCAAAGGAACCCAACUGCUGAAGCCUGCUUGCGACUCAGCCACGAGAGAAGACACACUUAAGCGGAAGAAGGAAGAAGAGAAGAUACCAGGGGAGAGGAAACGAUAAAGAAAGCGUAGAACCACUUCAUAUGAAAUACAAGCAGAUGCAAUGACAGCAGGGUGGUUUCAAUGAGCUUUUCCCCCUUGUGAUGAAGUGUGCGCGUGUGUGUGUGUGUGUGUGUGUAUGUGUUAAGAUCAGUGGGCUUCCCCAGAAAGAGAGAGGGAGACUUGACAAGUCUCAGGAAGGCUGGACUGGAAGGAAGGAAAGAGAUGGAGAGGUUGGAUUUGUAAGUUGUCCGGUCCGGCCUUGAGCAUCUGCGCUUAGUUGGUGAGUGUGUACUCGGCAAGCAGUGUUAAAAUUUGAGGCUGAUGGUAGAAUGAGAGUGUUUAUGGUCAUUUAAUUGAUUAAAGACAACCGUAAUGAAGGCCAUAACUGGCACUUCCACACUUCUCAUAGGGCCCAGUCGCAUACACUGCUUCGGCCUCUACAGCAGCGAUGAGAUAAAGGUAGUCGGAGAGAAGCACAGCUGGAGGCUCUUUGUCGGGACAGUAAACAGUGGGUGACUGUAGUGAGGGUUAGUUGAGCCCUUGUGCAACUUCAGCACCUCCAAGUCAUCACCUGCAGGUGUGGUAUUUCCUGCAAACUCAGGAAGUGCUUAAUGCUUGUUUGGUAGCUUGGGUUGUUCCUCCAGCUUGAUGCUAAUGUUAAGUCUGGAUACUGUAAGGACAUGUUUUGAUGAAGUCAACAACAACAACAAAAAAUUGAUUCAAACUUAAUUUUUGGUUUUUACUUGUUUUUGAGCUAAUGUGUAAAAAUUUAGUUUCCUCCUUGGGGGGCCAUUUCUCCAGAACCAUGAUUUUAUCAACUUUUUUUUUUUUACAGAUCUGGGUCCAAAUGUAUUUGUGAAUUAUCAUUUGUUUCUGGGUUUGAGCAGUACAAACAUAUGCAUAAUAUUUGAUAUAUCAAUACUACUCUGUUGGUUUGUAGUGAGUUUUCAGUUGCAGAAUAUUGUGCUAUGUUGACUAUCUUUAUGGGAUUUAGCCUUUUUUGAACAAAAUUCCACCCCUUCAUCAUUUAAAACAAAACCAAACUAGCAAUUAGUGUUUGAUCCAGGUGUGCCUCAGACAGCCAUGAUGUUAGAAGAAGGCUUGGUCUCUGAUAUUGACUUGCAGACGCUAUUAUCGAGUACUUUUAGUGUCUAUUUUGCUUUAUUUUCUAUUUAGCUUUCCCCUCAUUCAUUUUGUGCUUUUCAGUUCAUACCACCACAGAAGUAAUGUUUUUAAUCACUAAGUUUUCCUUCUCAGUGUGUGAUUUUUUUUUUUCCUUAACUUUUUUCAAGGUCGCAUGACCCACUUUUCUUUCGUCGAAAUAAGAUACAUGAGAUAUACCACCACAAAUGACAGCAUGUACAAUUACCAUCACGUUCAAGCAACACUUCACUGAUACGCUGUAAACAAACAUUUAACACAAAUGUAGUAUUUGUGUGUUUGCUUGCUCUGCAUUGAUUUGAGAGACACUUUCA